GGGUAGGUGGCCGCAGGGCUGAGUCGGGCCGCUCGGACCGAGCUCCUGGCUCGGGCAGGUCCCUGACCCAAGGCAGCCAUGAGCCUGGUGGCCUAUGAGUGCCCUCCUGGCCCUGGCCUGGAGCCUGAGCCCUGCUCUCGAGUACGGUCCCAGGCUCGCGUGUACCUGGAGCAGAUUCGCAACCGGGUGGCUCCGGGGGCACCUGACAUGACUAAGCAUGACUACCUGGUGGAUGCAGCCACUCAGAUCCGGCUGGCCCUGGAGCGCGACGUCAGUGAGGACUACGAGGCCGCCUUCAACCACUACCAGAACGGCGUGGACGUUCUCCUCCGAGGCAUGCACGUCGACCCCAACAAGGAGAGGUGUGAGGCUGUCAAACUGAAGAUAACCAAGUACCUGCGGCGGGCGGAGGAGAUCUUUAAUUGCCACCUGCAGAGGACGCUGGGCAGCGGAGCCAGCCCUGAUGAGGGUUUCAGCAGCCUGAGGCUCCGGCCCAUCCGCACGCUGAGCUCUGCCCUGGAGCAGCUGAGGGGCUGCAAGGUCGUCGGGGUCAUCGAGAAGGUACAGCUGGUCCAGGACCUAGCGACUGGAGGGACCUUCGUGGUGAAGGGCCUGUCCAGGUGCCACGUGGCGAGCCGGGAGCGGCUGACCAUCAUCCCACACGGCGUCCCCUACAUGACCCAGCUGCUGCGGUACUUUGUGACUGAUGACUCCAUCUUCCUGCACCUGGAGCACGUGAAAGGAGGUACGCUCUGGUCCCACCUGCUCUCCCAGCCGUGCCCCCAGCAGUCUGGGACCGGAUCUGGCUCCAGCCUGGAGAGGAUGAAGGCUCCACUAAACUCCCAUCUCAGCCUCGGAACCAGCUCAGUGCCCCCGGGGCACACCCGCCCGUGGGACGGAAUCCCUCUGGAGCCUCCGUGGACUUCUCAGAGCCUCACCCCAGCCAGGAGGGUGGUAGCCGUUAAACCCCAGAGAGAGGCUGGGGGUGAAGCCUCAGCCAGAAUGAGCACUGCCCGCGUCUGGGACCUUCCAAAGGCCCCAGGUGGCCGCCUGCACUCCCACACCGGGCGAGGACUUGGCCGGAGCUCGGAGCCCGCGCCCCCAUGGGGGCUCCCUUGGGUUCGGGCCGGGGCCGGCCGGGUGCUGGGGGGCUGCAGCCGAGGCAGAGGCCCGAGCCGCCUCUCGGCCUCUGGAGGGGCCAGCCUGGUGUCCGGCGGGGGCGCCUGGAGUCUGAAGGAGGAGCAGGUGAGGCAGUGGGCGGCCGAGACGCUGCUGGCCCUGGAGGCGCUGCACCAGCAAGGGGUGCUGUGCCGGGACCUCAAUCCCCGCAAUCUGCUCCUGGACCAGGCCGGCCACAUCCGGCUCACGUAUUUUGGCCAGUGGUCAGAGGUGGAGCCCCAGUGCUGCAGGGAGGCUUCGCACAACCUCUACAGCGCCCCAGAGGUCGGUGGGAUUUCGGAGCUGACCGAAGCCUGCGACUGGUGGAGCUUUGGGUCUCUCCUGUAUGAACUGCUGACUGGGACGGCGCUGUCCCAGAGCCACCCCUCAGGAAUCCAGCCCCACACCCAGCUGCAGCUGCCCGAGUGGCUCAGUGGCCCGGCGGCCUCCCUGCUGACUGAGCUGCUGCAGUUCGACCCGGCCCGGCGCCUGGGCGCUGGAGGAGGCGGUGUCCAUGAACUCAAGGCCCACCCCUUUUUCAGUUCCAUCCAGUGGAGCAAACUGGGGGGGUAGGAGGGCGUGGCGUCAGCGACGGAGCGGCUGGACUGGUCUGGAUCUCCUCUCCUCUCUUUGCCUGCCACUUCCCAGCAGUGGCCCUCGGGCAAAGAAUGCAAGGCAGCUUGCCUUUCCUGGUCAAGACUCCACCGUUGGGCCUCAGAAGUCUCAUCACCACUGACCAGGAAGGGUCUUGUGGACUCCCCCAGCCACCUCUUGGAGAAAUGCUUUCUAGUCGGUGCUGAGGGGCAGACAUCUCAGCCUGUUAGACAGCUUGAACGUCUCCACCUGUCCACCCUCCACCCAUCAGUCAACAGUCACCUGCUGUGUCUACACCCUGUACCUUGAACUGGGACCUGCCCUGUUAAAAGGUGCCUUCCUUGGCAUUAGCUCUGAGCUACUGACCACCUGCUGAGCCGAGAAAUCUUGACUCAUGAUUUGCCAUGUGCCCCACUCAGGGUGUCUCUGGAGACUCAUCUCAGGUUACUAGUCCCCUGGCUUCCUGGCUCCAAACCAGGGCUGUCCUAGCUCGUCAUCUUAGCCACGCAACUAGUGUGCCCCUUCUACCAAAGGCUAC